AUGACGUCGGUAACUUUUGAUGCAAAUUACGCCCCAAGUCUGGGCAUGGAAUGCAGCUCUGGUGGUGCUCUUACUCUGGAUGCCAGCUCAUUUACAGAUUUUUCAUGGGUAGCAGAACUCCGAAUAUCCAACUGUGAAAUAUCUAGCCUUGCUGCCAAUGCCUUCCAAAAUUUGAACAGCUUAAAUCUGCUGCUUAUUUCCGGUGGCAGCAUAUCAAACCUUUCCCUGGAUACGUUAUACGUGGUGAACAUUCAGAAAGACUACACCGCCCCAUCACCCAGAGGAGAGUUCGCCUUACUCAACGUCAAGACAAAUGGAUCGCUUCCACAAGCUCUUUUCAGCAACCUCGUUAACGUAACGUCCAUUUCGAUCAUCAACUGCGGAAUAACGUCACUGCAUGCGAGUACCUUCGGAAGUCUGGCGAAGCUGAGCAAGGUAACGAUUGAUGAAGAGAUACUGACGUACCUGGAUGCUGAUACAUUCACCGUCAGCAAUCAAGGACUGGGGAUACUGGUUCUGAACUGCAUCAACUGGAACUGUACCUGCAGACUCUGGUGGAUGGACAUCUUGAACCUUUCCUCGGAUACUUUAUACGGGGUGAACAUUCAGAAAGACUACACCGCCCCAUCACCCAGAGGAGAGUUCGCCUUAAUCAACGUGAGGACAAAUGGAUCGCUUCCACAAGCUCUUUUCAGCAACCUCAUUAAUGUAAUGUCCAUUUCCGUCAUCAACUGCGGAAUGACGUCAUUGCACGCGAAUACCUUCGGAAGUCUGGCGAAGCUGAGCAAGGUAACGAUUGAUGAACAGAUGCUGACGUACCUGGAUGCUGAUACAUUCACCGUCAGCAAUCAGGGACUGGGAGUGCUGGUUCUGAACAGCAUCAACUGUUAUAUAGGCCUUAUUCUUAAGCUGAUUUAG